GUGGCAUCGUUGAUUGAGCCUUCAUGGGAGGGCGCCACGUAGGCAAAGGCUACUACGUAUAUGGUGAAAGAGAGAAAAAAAAAUAAAGUUGUUUUUUUACGUUGAAAGGUCGCUUCUUUAUCGGACCUGGUGCCCUAUACGUACUCAGUGACGGAUGUGUUAGCAUUGUACGCAACGACGCGCUUGGCUGUGCUUUCUUAAGACGUUGCCAGUGGUUUUAAAGGCACGAGAAAAGUCAGGAAAACAAGCGAGCAUGAGUGAGACACGAAGAGAGGAAGAUCUUCCUUCAUACUUGGAAGAUGAGCCAAGUGAAGAUUCUACUAAGGAUCAUCCUCCGCAGCAGCCAGGGAUGUUUUCACGUGUUACUGGUGGACUGUUUAGCGUGACAAAAGGAGCUGUUGGUGCUACAAUAGGAGGGGUUGCAUGGAUUGGUGGAAAAAGUCUGGAAGUGACAAAGACAGCUGUGACAUCGGUGGCAUCUGUACCAGUGUUAGGAGUUGGCUUGGUCAAAGGGGGUGUGUCUGCAGUUGCUGGUGGGGUAUCAGCAGUGGGAUCAGCCGUAGCAAACAAAGUUCCUUUAACAGGAAAGAAAAAAGACAAAUCUGACUAAAACUGACUUAUUUGCACUAUCAUCACAGUUAAUCUAGAACCUUUUGGGACCUGCUUCUCAUAUCCACCUCCCCCACACCCAACCACAUCUGGUAUUUGAAAUGAAAGAAGAAAUGAAAAAGCAAAGCCAUAUGUUCCAUGAUGAAUUAAAGAUAUAAAAUUAUUGUUAAGAUACUCAUUGAAUGUGACUGCCAUCCCACAGAGGGUAAGAGAUACGUAUGUAUUGGUGUAUUGUUUAAGAGUGUUGCUAUCUGACAGACAUGAGCAUUCGACUGCCAACUUGCAGAGGGCCAAGAGAGAACUAUGUUUUGGCAUUAUUUUUUAUGAGUGUUAAGUCUGACAGAAAUGAUCACUGUCUUGCAUGAUCUUUAUGUUUAUUAAUAAAGUACUGCCGUAAACUGAAGAUUUGCACCAGGAAUUCAGACUUUGUGUCUGUUUUUUUUUUUGUUGUUUUUUUCCCUUCAUUCCUUAAACCUUCUUGAUGGCAAUGAAGCCAGUUAGUUGUAAUAAGAAUUGUAUUAAAUGGUGUUUACGUGACAAUAUUUUCUGAAACAAUGCAACGAUCAGCCUUUAUACAACUAAAAUGCUUUAGCUUUGUUUAAGUUACAGACAAUAAACAUAGGGUUGUCAUUUAAAUUUAAGAAUUCAGUCAAGUGAAUAUGUGUUAGCUUAACUAAACAUUGUUCACUAUCCCUGUUUUAGUACAAUGUAAAUGGUAGCUCUUUGCAUAAUUGGCUGUUUUGAGGGAAGACUACUGUAUUAAAUUUCUUUUGAUUUUUUUUUUGGGUCACACUUAUCAAUUUGCUUAUUUGUUUCUGUUGUAUCUUUAACUUUUCUUAUAGACACAAAUGUAUAUUUAAUGCUAAAUUUUUGAACUGAUUACUAUGCGGUUCUUGAUGUUUGGGUCAUUCUGUGCAUUUCAGUGUGUUUGCGUAUUCAGCGGUAUUUGUUUUAAUGGCACAGUUUAUUAAAGCAUAUAUGGUAAAGCUUUAUUUACUAAUACUGAUAUUAUCAAAAUUACAUUUCUUAUCUGCUUUUAAUAUAUUGGUAUUAAGUUAAAAUAUGAAAAGUUCAAACAUCUAUUUCAUCUUCUUCAUUUGAAACAACUUCAACUACUCCUUCCUCUAGUUGCAAAUCAGAGCAAAUAUUUCCAUUAGUUAUGGGGGUAAAAAACUCAGUACAAAUUGGCAAUUAAUUCCUUUCAUUGAAGAAUUAGCAUGUGUAUGUGUGUGUAAGGAAAUGGUUAAGAGUGAACUUAAUUCAUGAAGAGAGAUAUUAUUCCUAAUAUUUUUAAUGUAUUUCAUAUGCACAGAAUUUUAAUUUGCAUAUUUCCAUAGUUUAUAGAUAUCUGUAUAUAGAAAAAUUCCUUUUUCAUUAUUUUUUACAGCCUCAAGCCCUUACAUUCAGGGGUUGAUUCAGGUGGCAUUAAUUUAAUCCAUAAAAAAACAAUUAUAGUGUUUAGAGUUUGUAAAUUGCCACCACAUGCAGAGAAUUCCUGUCUCAGGUACUUUAUAUUUUUAUAAUAUAGCAAUGUUUGCUCAUUAUAAAAGUCUAAGUUCCAAAGAAGAACUUCAUAUUUCAAAAGAAUGAUUUAUUUUGUUGUAUAUGGUAUGUGUUUAUUUUACCCAGCUAUGAAAAGUAAUAGUAUGUAGUUCCAGCCUGUUCUCCAGAAAUCUUUUGUUAAGAGUCAUGAGAGUGAUUGUUGGUGCUUAUCUACAUGUUGACAUUUGAUUAAAAAUGUCAGUAUGGUUAACUUUGAAGAAUUCAGAUCAAAUAUUUAAGCUAACACAGACUACAAGUGCUACAAGACAGUCAUAUUUUUAUUGCUGUUUGGUAGAAGGUUUAUACCUUGUAUACCUCCUUUAUGCUUGCUGUUUCCCUGUCAAGUUUAGGAUUUUUCCACCUUGGCAUGUUCUUUGGACUUUACCCUUGUGAAAAAAACCUCCUUAUUUGUACAAAUGUUCCAAUGGAAUAAUGUUUUUCAUGUAUUGCUUUCCACUGGAUACAUCUUUAUCUAGUUUGUACAAGUUCUCCAUUGUGUCAUUCCAAAAUAUCACUUAAACCUUUACACUCCACUCCUAAUACACAGAAAAUGUGACAAUUGAAUAAUUGUAUUUUAUGUUUGCUACUUUCCUACCAUCACUUUUCAGGGUGCAGUUAAAUUACACUUUGUUCUACUACAGAUUUACAGCUGUAUUCAAUUGUUUUGACAUAUUGAAAUGUUUGUGCUGCUCAUUUUUCUCUUAUCCUUUGUGCACAUUGGCAGCAGCUAAUAAGUAAAAAUGUGUAUGUAUAAACAUAGCUUUAAUAAACUGUGAAUUUUGAGAAUAA